UACGACCGUGUUGUCGGGUAUAUAAAAGACGCCGAAAUAUCGAUACGUUAACUCUGUCCUGGGAUCAGUUUCUGAAAGAUUCCUGAUAAUAUCUGCAGAAAAUGGCCAAGCUUCAAAUUGCCCUCUGCUUCCUGCUCGUCGCCUAUACCGUUCGAGGCGACGGAAUAUUUGGUAUCAGCUCCGAGUGGUGGGAGUCCUUGUCGAAAGAAUGGGAAGAUCUUCUGGAUCUUGUUAAAAACACGGCUAUCACCAAUCAAACGUGCGUAGAACAGUCUUGGGACAUAGAAGAGCUGUCUUCCUCGAUUCAACUGAACAGCAGCGUAUCAUGCCUCACAGAAUUGAAAACUGCCGUCGAAUCCGAAAGCUCAAGCGAUACCGCGUUAUUGGAGAUCAUUGACGAGCUGAUAGAAAUUUUCGAAGAAGGCUCGACGUGUGCCAGCACUGAAGAUAUCUGGGCCUACGUCGAGUGCUACAUAAAUACCAUCGUGAACGCUAUCAAAUACAUCCUGAGCAAUUUUACCACCGAAGUAGUCGCGGCUUGGGAACUCCUGUACAGCAGUGAUGACAUUAAAUCCAUAGCAGGAAACUGCACCGAAACCAUCAUCGAGACAAUAGCGGUGGCGAACUUCAAAAGUGCUGUCCAAGAAACAGUUGAAUGUUUAGAAAAAUGGACGAGCUGAAAUGGGGUAUCUGACCGCAUCUCAUCUGUACUCCGACCUCGUUCAAGCUAGAUAUUACAUCUGUGUGAAAGAUAUUCAAUAAAAUUUUACCCCCAGCAUUAAA